GGCUAUCUGUGACGAUUUAAUAGACGAUUUUAAAAAAGUGUACGGUCUACGGUAGUUUCCGUCUUGUUGAAAAAUAGGUUGAUGUAAUAUUAUCGCCGUUCACAGACUUUGUCACCAUCAAUCAUUUGAUUAACAGAAAUGACCAGUUUUGCAGCAAAUUAUGGUAUAUAUUUAUCAGAAAGGAUACAAAAAUUCUAACCAAAAGCGGGCAAGAGUGCUCUAGCAUUUGGGACACCUUUGAAAUUACGCAACCUUGGUACUAUUUUUACGUGAAAUGUAUUUAAAACGCCCUUGAUAUUUGACCACGCGCCCACAGAUGCGUAAUCAAGUGCAUGCGCAACCGCAAAUGCGCAAAGUUGAGAAUCCCGUGAGGUGCCACCACUGCCACUUGCUGGGUUUGUCUCCCACCUUUCAACCUUUUUUAAUUGGCCCGGCCAUUAUUUGAGACGGUAAGUACUUUUUUCCUUAAUUUACAUGAUUUCUCUUCUCAAAAAGACGUAAAAAUCAAUCGAAGUUUGUUCUGUGAAAAUUUGUUUUUUUUUUAGUGCAUAUUUCAGUGCAAAGUAUACCUAGUUGUCAAAAUAUAAUCUGGACUUAUGUAACACAUGUAAUAGCAUUUUGUAACAGUUUUCAGGUGUAUUGCUUACUUUUAACACAUAUAUUGUACAAAUUAAGCUUAUUUAUUCAUACUUUUUUCAUUUCUCCGUUUCUAUAAUAUGCCCUAUAGACAUGAAAAAGCUUGAUUUGCACUUAAAAACUGCAAUCUGUCAAAAAAUCCAGAAUGCUUGAAGGUUAAAUUUAAAUCUAACAUUCUCAGAAUCAAUUAAUCUUUUUAGAUAAAUUCAAUCAAAAUAAAUUUUUGCAAUUUACAAAUCCAAAUUCAAAAUUUUUUAUCGAUUUUGACUUUUGACUACGUCAAAGUCACAUGUCACCCUUGGAGGUUAUCACGCCUAGACCGAAUUCAAAAAUAGCAGCUAUGUUCUCGUCGUUGCUCACCAAAACCUUAUGUCAGCCGGCAGAAAACCAGUCUGUCCCCACACAACAGUGUGAGGUACCCCAAAGAGGCUUAGUGCAGUCCCUGGUGGCAGGGAGACAAAUUGCCGCAGCUGCUGUACAACCUGGAGACAGCUGUGAAUUCGCGUCACUGCAUUACUUCGCUCUUUGUGGACUUGGAGGUAUUCUAUCUUGUGGUAUUACACACACAGCAGUGGUACCACUUGACUUGGUUAAAUGUCGUCUCCAAGUAGAUCCUGCCAAGUACAAGAAUGUAGUGAAUGGUUUUAAGGUUACCUUAAGGGAAGAUGGUGCUAGGGGUCUUGCCAAGGGAUGGGCACCUACCUUCUUCGGAUAUUCCAUGCAAGGUCUUUGCAAGUUUGGUCUCUAUGAAGUCUUCAAGGUACUGUACAGUGACAUCCUAGGUGAAGAUAACUCAUAUCUGUACAGAACAUGGUUAUACCUUGCUGCCUCUGCAUCUGCAGAGUUCUUUGCUGAUAUUGCUUUGUCUCCUAUGGAGGCGGCCAAAGUGAAAAUCCAGACCACUCCAGGAUUCGCGAAUACUCUCAGAGAGGCCUGGCCGAGAAUUAUGCGUGAAGAAGAUUGAGAAUGAUACUGGAAAUCUGAUGAAAUAUAAACUAGUCGGUGGAAGAUUGAAGCUGAAAGUCGGAGUAAACCCAUGUAACUCGUAAGUUUGACUGCCAAAAAGGUGUGCAGCGUUUGAGGAAUGCGGAGCACCUCAAGUUGGCAACCAUUCGAAUUAAUUCAGUGUGACUCGACGAAAAAUCGAAGGCAUUAGAAGAUCCACUGCUUGAAGAUUAUACUGUAUCUGUAACAGGUGAUCAGCCAUUACUUGGGUCUUAUUAAGUUGUCUUCGUUUACAUUCAUUAUUGAGUCUUUCGAAGAAGUUGGGAUCCUCUACAACAUCUAAAUAUGAAAAACUUCCACUUUCGUUAUUGAAAUCUUUCGCUUUAAUAAACAUAAUACCACUGUCAACUUUAGAUAGCGCCGGUUUCAUCCAGUAACACUUUCCUGAAGUAUUUAGGUUCCUCACUUCUUUUCAAAAGUCAGAUCAAAGAGGUUUUUGUGUUUACAUCCACCAAGCUUAGCAGCCCAAUUAAGACGCACAACAGUUUCAAUUUUUUCCUAACAUUGGUCACAGACCAAUGUACAGUAAGGCGUAGUUUUCACUUUAUGUGCAGGUGUAACUCUGCAUUUUACAAUGCAUUUAGUACCUUCACGUUUCAACUGAACAUAACUAAUAGCAUCCUCACUAUACGAAUAUCUACUUGCCCUGGAAAAUAUCGUGUCACAUUCGCAAAUCUGUACUUAUUUCCGCGCUUGUAUAUGAUGGUUUUGAAGAAGUAAAUUACAUCACUGCAUAACUGUCAAUUUUGGGCAAAUUGUCACUUGUCCCUUUUACAAAUCCGGCUUCCAUAAUUGUACGAACUUACGCAGUACUCAAUAGUUGUCAACUAGAAACCACGUGGCCGAGCGCACAGGUG